GAAUUAAUAGAAGCCUUCCAUGAGGAACUGCCUUUUCCAUUUGCUGCUGAAGCGAAGAGUGUUUUCUGGCCAACUCAGGGACAUGCCAGCACUAGCGGGAUGAGUGGGCACCCUUGCGGGAAUGUGGUCACUGCCGGCCAGUGAGGGCGAGAGCGCCACAGCCCACUUCUUCCUUGGAGCUGGAGAUGAGGGACUAGGCGCCCGUGAAAUAGGCAUGAGGACAGAGGAGAGUGACAGCGAGCUUCUUGAGGAUGAGGAGGAUGAAGUGCCUCCUGAACCACAGAUCAUUGUUGGCAUCUGUGCCAUGACUAAGAAAUCCAAAUCCAAGCCAAUGACCCAAAUCCUAGAGCGACUCUGCAGAUUUGACUAUCUGACUGUUAUUAUCCUGGGAGAAGAUGUGAUCCUCAAUGAACCUGUGGAGAACUGGCCGUCUUGCCACUGCCUCAUCUCUUUUCACUCCAAAGGCUUUCCUCUGGACAAAGCCGUUGCUUAUUCAAAGCUUCGAAACCCUUUUCUUAUCAAUGACCUGGCUAUGCAGUAUUACAUUCAGGACAGGAGGGAGGUAUACCGGAUCCUGCAGGAGGAAGGUAUUGAUCUACCUCGAUAUGCUGUGCUCAACCGUGACCCUGCCCGACCUGAGGAGUGUAACUUGAUAGAAGGUGAAGACCAAGUAGAGGUGAAUGGAGCUGUCUUUCCCAAGCCCUUUGUGGAGAAGCCUGUGAGUGCAGAAGACCACAACGUUUACAUCUACUACCCUAGCUCAGCUGGCGGAGGAAGCCAACGUCUUUUUCGUAAGAUUGGCAGCCGAAGCAGUGUUUACUCUCCUGAGAGCAGCGUCCGAAAGACAGGGUCAUACAUCUAUGAGGAAUUUAUGCCAACAGACGGCACAGAUGUCAAGGUGUAUACAGUGGGGCCUGAUUAUGCCCAUGCUGAAGCCAGAAAGUCUCCAGCUUUGGAUGGGAAGGUUGAGCGAGACAGUGAAGGGAAAGAGAUUAGAUAUCCAGUUAUGCUGACUGCCAUGGAAAAGCUGGUGGCCAGGAAAGUCUGUGUGGCUUUUAAGCAAACAGUUUGUGGAUUUGACCUUCUUCGUGCCAAUGGUCACUCCUUUGUGUGUGAUGUCAAUGGCUUUAGUUUCGUCAAGAACUCUAUGAAAUAUUAUGAUGAUUGUGCCAAGAUCCUGGGGAACACCAUAAUGCGGGAGCUUGCCCCCCAGUUCCAGAUCCCAUGGUCUAUCCCCACAGAGGCUGAGGACAUUCCCAUUGUCCCUACCACAUCUGGCACUAUGAUGGAACUUCGUUGUGUUAUUGCCAUUAUUCGUCAUGGGGAUCGUACCCCCAAGCAGAAGAUGAAGAUGGAAGUGACACACCCAAGGUUUUUUAGUUUAUUUGAAAAACAUGGAGGCUACAAGACAGGGAAAUUAAAACUGAAGCGGCCUGAGCAGCUACAAGAGGUACUGGACAUCACAAGGCUGCUCUUGGCUGAACUGGAGAAAGAACCAGAUGGCGAAAUUGAAGAGAAGACUGGGAAACUAGAGCAGCUAAAGUCUGUGCUGGAAAUGUAUGGCCAUUUCUCAGGCAUCAAUCGGAAGGUGCAGUUGACUUACUAUCCUCAUGGAGUAAAAGCUUCAAAUGAGGGACAAGAUUUGCAGGGGGAAGCUCUGGCCCAAUCACUCUUGCUGGUACUGAAGUGGGGUGGAGAACUGACUCCUGCUGGCCGAAUUCAGGCUGAGGAGCUGGGGCGAGCUUUUCGCUGCAUGUACCCUGGAGGACAGGGUGACUAUGCAGGUUUCCCUGGCUGUGGACUGCUUCGUCUCCACAGCACUUUCCGCCAUGAUCUCAAGAUCUAUGCCUCUGAUGAGGGCCGGGUCCAAAUGACUGCUGCUGCCUUUGCCAAGGGUCUUCUGGCUCUAGAAGGGGAGUUGACACCCAUUUUGGUACAAAUGGUGAAAAGUGCCAACAUGAAUGGGCUCCUGGACAGUGAUAGCGAUUCCUUGAGCAGCUGUCAGCACCGGGUGAAAGCUCGGCUCCACCAUAUUUUGCAGCAGGAUUCACCCUUCCGCCCUGAGGAUUAUGAUCAGCUGGCUCCCACUGGAAGUACUUCUCUACUCAACUCUAUGGCUGUCAUUCAGAAUCCUGUGAAGGUCUGUGAUCAGGUAUUUGCCCUGAUUGAAAAUCUCACCCACCAGAUCCGGGAACGGAUGCAGGACCCCAGGUCGGUAGACCUGCAACUCUACCAUAGUGAGACUCUAGAGCUAAUGCUACAGCGGUGGAGCAAGCUAGAACGUGACUUUCGACAGAAGAGUGGACGCUAUGAUAUCAGUAAAAUCCCUGACAUCUAUGACUGUGUCAAGUAUGAUGUACAGCACAAUGGGAGUCUGGCACUUCAAGGCACAGCAGAGUUGCUCCGUCUCUCUAAGGCACUGGCUGAUGUGGUCAUUCCUCAGGAGUACGGGAUCAGUCGGGAAGAGAAGCUGGAAAUUGCUGUGGGCUUCUGCCUCCCACUGUUGCGGAAGAUACUACUUGAUCUGCAGAGAACCCACGAGGAUGAGUCUGUCAACAAGCUGCAUCCCCUAUACUCCCGAGGAGUGCUGUCUCCUGGCCGCCAUGUUCGAACAAGACUCUAUUUCACCAGUGAGAGCCAUGUUCACUCCCUUCUCAGCGUUUUCCGUUAUGGGGGACUUCUUGAUGAGACCCAGGAUGCACAGUGGCAACGAGCAUUGGCUUAUCUUAGUGCCAUUUCCGAGCUCAACUACAUGACACAGAUUGUUAUCAUGCUUUAUGAGGACAAUACUCGGGAUCCCUUCUCAGAGGAACGGUUCCAUGUGGAGCUGCACUUCAGCCCUGGUGUGAAAGGUGUCGAGGAAGAAGGCAGUGCCCCAACUGGCUAUGGAUUCCGUCCAGCCUCUUCUGAGAAUGAGGAGAUGAAAACAGAUCAAGGCAGCAUGGAAAACUUGUGUCCAGCAAAGGCACCUGAUGAGACAGACCGGGCACUGCAGACUUCACCCCAGCCCCCUGAAGGCCCUGGCAUCCCCAGGAGAUCACCUCUCAUUCGUAACAGAAAAGCUGGCUCCAUGGAGGUUCUCUCUGAGACUUCAUCCUCAAGGCCUGGUGGCUACCGACUCUUUUCGUCUUCACGGCCACCUACAGAGAUGAAACAGAGUGGCCUAGGCUCACAGUGCACAGGGCUGUUCAGCACAACAGUGCUGGGCGGCUCUUCCAGUGCCCCGAAUCUUCAGGACUACGCUCGCAGCCAUGGCAAAAAGCUACCACCUGCCAGUCUGAAGCACCGAGAUGAGCUCUUGUUUGUCCCGGCCGUAAAACGAUUUUCUGUAUCGUUUGCAAAGCAUCCGACUAACGAGCUGCUGGAUGACCAGCAUCCUGUGGUCCAGUUGCUGCGCAGUUUUUCCUCUGACUGCUCAGGGGGCCGGCCAGUCUCCUUGGAUGCCACGCUGGCGCAUCACCUGCACCAGUGCUCCUACCACCUGCGCCUCUUCCGGAACUGGCUGCGCUCAGGCCAGGAUGACCCCGAGUGCCUCUACGGAUUUGAAGGGUGCUCCAUGGUGCCUACCAUCUACCCCCUGGAAACACUGCAUAAUGCUCUGUCCCUACGUAAAGUGAGUGAAUUCUUGAGUAGAGUCUGCCAGCGUCAUACUGAUACCCAAGUACAGGAAUCUGCAGCCCUCUUUGAUUCUAUUCGCAGCAACCAGGUCUCAGAUAACCCAUUUUCCCCACCCCGUACUCUUCAUUCACCUACCCUACAGCUCCGGCAGCGCUCUGAGAAGCCCCCUUGGUACAGCAGUGGCCCUUCCAGCACUGUGUCCAGUGCUGGCCCUUCCUCCCCCACUGCAGUGGAUGUUAACUGCCAGUUUGGCUUCAGUGAUCAAUAUUCCCUAAAUUCACGAAUGACUGAAAGAAGUCAAGGUCUUAAGCUGCUCCAGGAGAACGCUGGGAAUGGGGAACAAAAACUCCCUGUAGAAGGGGGACAAGAACUUUUUGAAUCAAACCAGUUCCCACAGAAACUGCCUUCCAAAACCCACCAGUCAUGCCAGGACAUCCCUGAAGAGGACAGUCAAGUGUGCCAGCAGCUGCUUGAUAGCAGCCCUUCAUGCCUCGAGAAUCAAAACAAUCUGAACCACACAUGUCAAGAGGUCCCUCAAAUUGGCUUGCUGUGCCAGCAAGUCUCUGAGGAAGCUUGCCAGCUUUGCCAGGAGAGCCCUCUGGAGAUCAGCCAGCUGUGCCAGGAAGGGCUUGUGGAGGUUGGCAGACUUGUUCCUGGGUUUUCUAAAGGGGCUAGUGGUGUGGUCCAGGAAACCCUCCUACAAGCUGAUAAUUCCACCCAGGAAAUACCCAAGAAAUCUAGUCAGUCACGCCUGGAGUCCUCUGUGGAGGUUGAGAGGCUGGCCCAAGAUGCUUCUGCAAUCAAUCUGUCUAAGAACAUCCCUGAAAUUGAUACACCAUCCCAAGAAUUCCCUGGGAAGGGUGACCUGCAGGUCUGUGAGGUACCUGAGGAUAUUAACCCAUCUUUCCAGUCUCUCUCUGAGGUGAUUGCCCCACUGCCCUCAGAUACUGUGCCCCAAGUUCAGUGUCUGUCUAGUGGUUCAAGACAUCAAUGCCAGUCUCCCACACAUGACCAGCACUCUCCCUUCCCACCAGCAACACAAGAGUAACCAAUCAUUUUCUCACUAGUGGUGUCACGAAAUAUACCAGCCAUUUGAACUAACAACUCUUCUGUCGGCUAACUCAUCUGUUAGCAAAAGAACUUGGGUCUCACCAUAGGUGUCUGUGGAAGCAAUCCUCUUGGCAUCAUGUGUACCAGUGCCAGAACUGAGCCUGGGAGGAGCCAGUUUAUAUUCAAAGCAGCCAUUGAGUCCUCACCUUAGGGUUUGUAGAAGAUAUUUUUCUCAUGUGUGGACCAGUCUGCAAUUACCAGCCUCCUCAGAGUAUCCCAGGAAAUCCCAGAUUAUUAAAGAAGUUGCCAUUUAACUUCUGAAAAUACUCUUUGGACAGCAAGAGCAGAAUGGGUCUCUAAGAUUUCUAUUUUCCUUGGGAAAUAGACUUUUCAAGGUACCCAUAGACCAUAUGUGCAUUCAGGGGUACUCUUUCUUUAUUUUGCUUGCACUCCUCAGGUAAUCCAGGUGGCAGUCUGAAGUAUCUGGGAAUAAACGAGUCCCCUUCCCAAACAAA